AGUAAAAAAAAUUAUUAUUAUUAUCUGCGAUUUUAAACAAAAAUUAAAUGUUUAAUUUUUUAACGCACACUAAUACAUAUAUGCAUGUAUGUUUGUAUGUACAACUAGCUCGGAAAAGUUAAAAAGGCAAGCAGCAUUAAACAACUUUAGCACAGUCCAGUCUAAGUGGGUCAACAGCUUGGACGCGCUUCAUCAAAUAUUUCAAGAGAAGAGUUUUAACAAAUUGCACAAGAAAAAUAUUGUUAAAAGAAGUUGUUUAAAAAAAAACAAGUAUUAAGUGUUUUUUUGGAAAACUAGUAUUAGAGGAUAUUUUUGUGUGUAUGUUGGUUUUAAGAUAUAACUAAUAUUGCUUAAUAAAGUUUUUGCGCAAACAAAAUAUUACAACAUUUACAAAAAAAUAUUAAAGUUAUACAACAGUUUUUUUUCUACCAAAGUGUUGGCAAAAUAUUUCUAAAUAAAUUUUUUUGAAAAAAAAAGAAACAAAUUUUCAACAAAAUGUUAUUAAAAACGGGCAAUUUUAUGUUCCUUUUAAUCCUGCUGUUAAAUUUUGCACGUAAAAUACAAAAAGCGGAAGCAUUUAAAGUAACGGCUAAAUUAAUCUCCAAUUAUAAUUACCCAGUCGAAGAGCAUACAGUACACACCCCCGAUGACUAUAUUCUAACCAUUUAUCGUAUACCCGAUUCACCGAAAUUAAAACAUCACAAUAAUACGGUGAAACCAGUUGUCUUUCUACAACAUGGCAUUUUAUGUGCCUCCGAUGAUUGGAUUAUUAAUGGUCCUGAAACUUCGCUAGCCUAUAUGUUUGCCGAUCAAGGCUAUGAUGUUUGGCUAGGUAAUGCCCGUGGUAAUACCUACUCACGCCAACACAAGCACAAACAUCCUGAUUCUUCGGAUUUCUGGAAUUUUAGUUGGCAUGAAAUUGGAGUUUACGAUUUAGCCGCCAUGUUGGAUUAUGUUCUAGAGGAAACGCAACAACACUCACUACAUUUUGUGGCUCAUUCUCAGGGUACAACAACUUUCUUUGUGCUUAUGUCUUCGCUACCGUGGUAUAAUGAAAAAGUCAGAACGGUACAUUUGUUGGCACCGAUAGCUUUCAUGAAAAAUCAUUCAUUUUUACUAUCGAAAGUGGGGCGUUUAUUUUUGGGUUAUCCCUCGUUUAUGAGCAUGAUUUUGAGUGGUUUCGAGCUUUUGCCUACGACUAGUAUACAGAAAUUAUUCUGUGAAUAUGUUUGUUCGCAUGAUUCGUUGAAAUUUUUAUGUUCGGGAAUUUUGGAUUUCAUUGGCGGUUGGGGUACAAAGCAAUUAAAUCAUACGCUAUUGCCACAUGUUUGUGAAACACAUCCCGCAGGUGCCUCCACCACACAAAUCAUACACUAUCUACAGCUCUACACUUCCGGAGAUUUCAAACAAUUCGAUCAUGGCAUCGAUAUAAAUCUCAAGAAAUACAAUCAGGAGACCCCACCCCACUACGAAGUUAGCAAUAUCAAAAGUUGUGUUAAUAUGUAUUACAGCAACAAUGAUUACAUGUCAGCAGUGGCAGAUGUUGAAUACUUAGCCACACUAUUACCCUGUGUGGAAUUGUAUCGUAUGCCCUAUGAUGAUUGGAAUCAUUAUGAUUUCCUAUGGUCGGUUAAUGUUAAAGAGGUCAUAAAUGAUAGAAUAAUAGAAAAAAUUGAAGCAUACGAGCAGACUCAUAGUCAUAUUUUAUAGUUUUUCUUCGGCAGGCAAAGAAGAUAUUUUGAAUUUAGCUGAAGUUGUAGAGAAAAGAAAAAUGUAAAUAUGUUUUUUUUUUCUUGUUGUAGAUAGUUGUGGUAUUUAAAGACUUUUUUUCUGAUGAUAGAAAAAAAUACGACUCAAAAACGAACAGAAUUAUUUUAAACGUUUAAACAAAGAACAAAGUGAUACUAUUUAAUAGGUUUUUAAAAUAAUAUUUAAGAUUUUAAAAUUGUUAAGUUAGAAAAAAGAAACGCUUUUUUUACUUUUAGUUUUAAGUUU